AUGGGAAACGAAGGCUCAAAAAAGUCGGCUUCCAAUUCUUCUUCUUCUUCUAGUUCAAAGAGAAACAAGAACAAACUUACGCCAGAGGACAUACAGGAGCUGCGACUUUCGACCGAGUUCUCCGAAGACGAACUCCAUAAGUGGCACAAAGCGUUCCGCGAGAAAUGUCCGAACGGAAAAAUGUCCCAGAAGAAAUUCGCGGAAAUGUAUACGAAUCACUACUCCACUGGCGACGCCACUAUUUUCGCCGGGCACGUUUUUCGCACUUUUGACAAAAACAGAGACGGCACAAUUGACUUUCACGAAUUUAUUCAGGGGCUUUCUAUUAUUUCUCGAGGUUCGCAAGAGCAGAAACUACGAUGGGCCUUUGAGAUGUACGAUAGCGAUGGAAGUGGCACUGUUUCGCGUGCCGAGAUGUUAGAGAUAGUGCGAGGGAUUUUCCGACUCGCUGGUGACAGGAUAAAUCUCCCCAGAGAUGAAAACACUCCAGAAAAGUUUACUCACAAGUUGAUGGCUAAACUAGAUCGGGACAAUGAUGGCACAAUUACGCAGAAUGAGUUUGUUCGUGGUGUUCAGUGUUAUCCGUCCCUUAUGCGGUUAUUGGAUCCAGCGGGCGCGAAGUAA